GUCGGCGGGGCGGCCCUGAGAGGAUACAAGGCAGCUGAAGGGAAGAGGGGCGGUCAGACCGCAUUGGCAGGCGCCGGAAGUGGUCUCGUCUUGGAGGGGUAGCGGAGGGGUUGCGGAGGAAGUUCACUUAGGGCGUCGGGGCUUCUCGGCGAGGCACGCUCAGCCUCCUUCCCGAGAGCCCAGCCCAGUCUCUCUCCUCGACAAAACAUGGACUUCAGGGAAAUUCUCCUGAUAGCUUCCAAAGGACAAGGUGUCAACCAUGUUCCGAAAAGAUACAGUUUGGCAGUGGGACCUCCCAAGAAAGACCCAAAAGUUAAAGGUGUCCAAUCAGAGGCGGUACAAGCUUUUCUUCGAAGGAAAGAAGAAGAGCUUAGACGAAAAGCCUUAGAAGAGAAAAAGAGAAAAGAAGACCUAGUGAGAAAGCGAAUUGAGCUCAAACAUGACAAGAAAGCAAGAGCUAUGGCCAAAAGGACUAAGGAUAAUUUCCAUGGUUAUGAUGGGAUUCCUAUUGAGGAAAAGUCAAAGAAGAGGCAAACAGUGGACAGCCACACCAGCCAUCGACCAGACCAGGAGUAUGAGGUGGAAGAAGAGAAUGCGUUCUAUGAAUACAAUCAAGCAGUAUCAGAGGAGGAGUAUGAGGAAGAGCAGGAACCUCCCAAAGUUGAAAGCAAACCAAAGGUCCCCCUUAAAAGUGCCCCACCACCUAUGAACUUCACUGAUUUACUGAGACUGGCUGAGAAAAAGCAGUUUGAACCAGUGGAGAUCAAAGUAGUAAAGAAAUCAGAAGAAAGGCCUAUGACUGCAGAAGAACUUCGGGAGCGUGAAUUCCUUGAACGAAAGCAUAGGAAAAAGAAACCUGAGACAGAUGCAAAACUACCUCCAACUGUGUCCAAAAAGGUACCCAUUCAGAAAGAAAGUAUGGUGACAAAACUUAGCAAAGGUUCUGGGGACAGGCAACCUUCUUCUAAGGGAGUACCUUUUCCUCAUCCUGAGAAGAAAUCCAGACCCAGCCCAGCCAAUGGGAAACACUCAGUUUUGUCUUUAUCCAAAUUCACGCCAGCAGAGAGGACCAAGUCAGGAUCUGGCAGUAGCUCCCAACCCUCAAUUCAUGAGGGUCAUGACAGACUUGUUUUCAAUGGGGCGAAAAAGCCUCACUCCAGCACCUAUUCACCAAGUGUCCCAAAGACUUCUGCUAGUGGGACUCAGAAAUCUGCCACUGAGCACAAAGCCAAAAAAUCUCCUAAUCCUAGCCAUUCCAAGCCUGGGCUCACGGUUACUCCAAACAAUAAAGCUAAGAGUUCAGGUAUCAAGCAGACUGGCAGCAGCUCCAACUUAGCCCCUGGGCGGACCAGCUUAGGUACAACUCGGCCCACUCAUGGUUCUGCCCCUGUUCCCAGGCGCCAGAAUGGCAGCUCCAGCUCAGGAACUGAGCGAUCAGUCAGUGGGACCAAGAAGGUAGCCAAUAACACAAAUGCCUCUGGGUGGACAGUGAGUGGUACAAGUGGUCCUGGACGACCUACAAGCAGCUCAAGUGGCCCUGGUCAACCCAGCUGUGGUUCAGGUAGUUCUGGAAGACCUGUGGGCAACUCUGGAAGCCUUGGGCGGCCAGGAAGCAGUCCUCAUGAACUUCGACGACCAGUGAGUGGCCCAGGCCACCAUGGGAAGUCAGUAAGUGGCCCUGGGCGAUCCAUAAGUGGUUCAGUUCCAGCUGGACGAACUGUCAGUACUUCAGGUCCUGGGAGACCAGUGAGCAGCCUCGGACCUGGGAAAACAAUUAGUAGCCCAGAUCCCCCCACAAAGCCCAAGUGUACUGUUGUGUCAGAAACAAUUUCCUCAAAGAAUAUUAUUAGCCGAUCCAACAGUGGACAAAUGAAUGGAAUGAGGCCUCCUCUACCUGGCUAUAGAUCUGCCCAAGGUCCUCAGAGGCUUCCCUUUCCUGGUUACAAAAGGCAACGAGACUAUGAAGAGGAAGAAGAUGAUGAAUAUGAUUCUGAAAUGGAUGAUUUUAUUGAGGAUGAAGGAGAACCUCAGGAAGAAAUAUCCAAGCACAUUCGGGAAAUCUUUGGCUAUGACCGAAAAAAAUACAAAGAUGAAAGUGAUUAUGCCUUACGUUACAUGGAAAGUAGCUGGAAAGAGCAGCAAAAAGAAGAAGCAAAGAGCUUAAGACUAGGUAUGCAAGAAGACUUAGAGGAAAUGAGACGUGAGGAAGAAGAAAUGAAACGUCGAAAGGUUAAGAAGCUGAAGAGACGUUAGCUGCUGCUUAUUUUUGUAAAACUCUAGGAAGACUGCUGCAAGGAUUUCCUGCCUUCAGACUGAAUAAGCCUCCUUACCAUUUUAUAUUUGUACUUGGGUACUCAAGGAGAAGGAAUGCAUACUGUCAAUGCAGGCUGUCAUUUGAGCAUAAAGUAUUUUCAAUACUCCAGGGUGAAAUCUUAAUGUAGAUGGUAAAAUGUCUGCUGUGUGCUCUUAUGAAGUCACCUGUUCACAGAUGUUAACCUUUGUCCUGAUGAGCUAUGCACUCUGUGGGGUUACUCACCAGUCAAUCUUUUAUUGUUCCUUUGCUGCUUUAAGGUUAAAAAAAAAAAAAAAAGAUUGUCUCCACCUUUUAAAAUUCCACUGAUGUGUGAGGAGGAUACUGUUCAACUUCUAGUCAAACUUACUGUCUUUAUGAAGCACUUGACCCUUCAUGAAUGUUGUCAGCAAUAAGUGGCCUGUCCUAAUCUGUGUUCAGAUUGAGAACUCAAAAAUGUAGAGUAGGCUUUAUAAUUAUCACAUGGGUGUCAUCCUUGUGACUCAGAAGUGCAAAAUAGAAUAAAUUAUAUUGUAUUCUUCAUUAUUUGUGGAUUGGAUGCUGAGCAUUCUUACUAAUUUAGGGAAUCUGGCAAUGUUUUUUUAAGUUUCCAAGUUAAAAAUACAAAUGUCAGUAUAGGAAUAUUUUCCAAGUUUUCCUUUCAGAUUGUUAUGUUGGUUUUAAUAUAAAAUAGACAAGGUCAUUGUGCUGAUUAAUUUUAAAUCUUAAAAAUUCAUUUUUAUAUUGAAAAAGUUAUUCAAACAGUAGAUUUGAAAAAGUUAUAGUUUAAAAACUAAGGAAGUGACAUGUGAGGUUUCCCUCACAAUCAAAAAGAUAACCUUCCCAUCAUAAAGAUACGUUGGAAUCCCAGUGUGCCCUGUACCUCUUGACUUUGCAUUUUUAGCUUAACUUCCCUAAUAUAAAUGGCAAAAACCAAAAACGUUUAAAUUUGUGUAUUUCAAGAGCACCACCUUCUCCUUGUGCCCAUAUUGCACUUUGUUUCAAACUAUGCACUGUGAAGAGAAUUUUUCCCCAGGUAGAAAAAAAAGGGGUGUUUCCUAUACUGGUAUUUUAUUGGGCCUUGGGACUUUAGUUUCACUCUUUAAGUCAGACUUACAGACUUGCUAUCACUUUGGCCUCAAGUCCAAGCAGUUCCAGACAUGGCUGGAAGGAAGCUAAGUCUCAAGGUCAGCAUCAGAAAAUGCGAUAAUGCUGUUAAGAAUAUUUGUCCUUCAUUCUAAAUAUGAAGGAUUGGAGACAGAACUAAGCUUGUAGGAAAAUUCUACAAUAAAUGUUCUGGCUAUCUGAAGCCAUUGGAAAAAGAAUAGGAAAUUAGAGGGAAUGUCCCACUAAGAAUCCUUACUUUUCAACAAGUCCAGCUGUUUUGUAUAUUUUUAUCCAUAAAAUCUUUUUUUCUUCAAAGUUUGGGAAUUGUAGUUUACCAUUGUUAUUAGCCUUCCUCAAUGGGACCAUGUGACACAGUCUAGAAGUAAUUCAUGAAUUGUUUCUGACUUUUGAAAGUACAAGGAACUAAUUUUAAAAUUGAAUACCAUAUGAAAGUUGUCUUAAUCACUAAUUGUAACACCCUAACUCUCCACAUAGAUCUUUUACAGUAGUACUAGAAAAUCCUAUACUCUCAGCCAUCUCAAAUACCUUCAAUGAAAUUGAUUUAAGGAUAGUGUCAUACUCCAUUUGAUAAUAUAGGUUUAGAACAUUUUCUUUGCCAUCAUUUAUUUGCUUCCACCCCUCCCCACCCUACUUAUAUGAUCUUUAUUGGAUAUAUUUUUGAGAAUUAUUGAAUAUUUUUUCAAUAGUAAGACUGAAAUUUAAUUACAAUCAAGUGCUUGUCAUAGCCAAAAGAUUUCUGAUGGCUUUUAAAGUUUACUAGCAUUUACUGAUAUGGUACACUUAUUUGUACAGAAAGGAAUCUGUGCUAAAGUUACAGAACUUCGUAGGAAGAGUCAGAUUGUAAUGUCUGUCCCACGUCGUUUCUUCUAUCAUAGAUGCUAAUUUGCAUCAAUAUUAU